ACUCCAUAGUCUGAUAGGUGAUUUUGUGUCCCCAGUAGGGGCUGGUUUCACCAACCCCUAGAUAUGCCUCUGGUGACCAACAGUAUGAAUGAGGAUGUGGUGAUCACCAUAGCAAAAGGAUAUGUAGACCAAGUGGCCAACUCAGUAGCUGGUAACCCCUAAGAAGGAAGUACAUAGGGUUUGGUACAUGCCAUUUUAGUAAGUGCAAAUGAUGUGGCAAUUUCUUAGCUCUUCUCCAGCUACUUGACGGACAUCCUUUCCAUUCUUGACCUGGUACUUUGACUUCCUCUCACAUCGUUUCCAUGCGGUAAAGAUCUCGUGCUCUUCACCGCUCUUGGAGUGUCCCUUUCAAUUUAGAGUUGAAGAACUGUUCCAACUUGUUUUGCUGCAAGAGAUCCGCUGAGAUUUGAGAGAGUUUGACUUCUCUUCUUGUGAAUUACCACAGACACACAUGCGUGUGCUCGCUCUCUCCCCCUCCCACAACUUCAAAAUGAGGAGCUAAAAAUAUCCUCCUCUUUUCUGAAGCAACCAUGAUUUGAAACAGAGGUGCAGUUGGGUAAUAUCAGCCUCUGGAUUGCAUAUACACACCAUACAUUUUAAGCACAUUUUCCCUCUCAACUUGUUUGGUCUGUCAUACAGAUGGCUCUUACUCAAUCAGGGGCCAGAAGAAUUUCCUGCGUGAAAUUCCAUGUUUGUUUCAAAGGAGAUUCUCUUUUCCAACUUGUCUCUGGAGAGAGCUCAGCACACCCACGCCACCCCCAGUGUUGGGAAUGAAGCCACCCCUUUCAGAGUUUUGAUUUGUGCUGUUUGGAAGUUGGUGCAUAAUUGUUUGCUUUGCCCUAACGACUACCCUGCCUACAACUCUGCAAACGGGUAAAACCCGUUUAAAGGAGAGGAGCGAAGCUCUUCUUGCCACACACCUGCUUGUGAGUUUCCACUUCUAUCCGGUAGGAUACGGAUUAGACUUGCUUCUGUAGCUUUCCUUACGCAGCGAGAAGUGUACACUGGGAAGUUCGGUGUACAGCAGGCAUUCCAUACAAUGGAACUACUCUACAGGGUGCUAAAUUUCAUGGUCUUCACCAUCAGCAAAUGUGCGCACUUCCAUAAUGCCAAAAGCUGAUUUUAAAGAGGAGGAGAUCAGAAUGCAGCAACAGGUUUUUCCUCUUCAAUAGAGCUUUAAAAAGCGAGAUGUGGUACGGCUGUUUUGAGCUCUCAUCAGACAUAAGGGUGAUUUGAGAUAUUGAUGAGUCUUUUAUAUUUCCAUUUAAGGAGUACUGUAGACUUUCCAGUCUUUUUAUAUUGAACUGUUGCCAUAUAAGACCCACACUCUAUUCUUCCAGGAUUACAGUAACAAGGGGCAAGGCAACUUUGGGGUGGAAUUUUCUGGAAAGAAGAUGUUUGGUGCUUCAUCAUGAGACUCUACAAAGUUUUUGGACCUGAAAGGUGGUUGAUUCUCUUCUGUCCCCAGAGAAAUGCAUUGUCCAGGAUAUCACAAUUGCUAACCCAUAUGCUGCUGAAGGAGAACCUCUAGGACGCCAUUGUUUUUAUUACCCAACACCAGAUCUUGAAAACACACACUAUGAUUUCAGCUGGUAUACAAGUGGAAAUGAAACACCUAUAACGAAAGAGCCAUCCUCCAGAAUUCAUCAGCGUGGAGCAAAGCUGUGGUUUAUUCCUGCAAGAUCUGAAGAUUCUGGAUUAUAUGAAUGUGUUAUACGAAGGCCCUUGAGGUUAUUUGCACCAAUUUCCACAAGAGAUGCUGGGCCAUACUUUCAUCUCCCUCCGUGACAAGAGUAGAUGUCCCCCUGGGGAGCGGCAGUGCAUGCGGUUACUACUACUACUGUCCAGUAUACCUGAAGGAGCGUUUCCACCCCCAUUGUUCUACCCGGACACUGAGGUCCAGCGCCGAGGGCCUUCUGGCGGUUCCCUCGUUACGAGAAGCCAAGUUACAGGGAACCAGGCAGAGUUACAGGAAUUCGACAAUCUGCUACAGAAAUAGGAUUAGAAUGCAGGUUGUCAACGACAGUGCUGCUCAGUGUUUUAAUGAGAAGUCCAGCUAUACUCAAACGGUACCAAAAGGAUCAACUGCAAAGAUUGUGUGUUCUAACACGGAGGACUUGGGACAAGUGAUGGAUUUUUUGUCUGUUCGUUGGUAUAAGGAAUGCAAUCCACUGCAGCAGGAUGAACGAGUUUUCGUUUUGCAAUCAUAUCUUGUAAUAAACAACAUGAGAGAAGAUGAUAAGGGAAAAUAUGAAUGUAAAAUAACGUACACUUAUUUGGGGAAUCAAUAUAAUGUUUCAAGGAGCAUUUCUGUGAUUGUUAAAGUGAAUGAACCAAAGAAAAGAACUGAGAUUCUGUACCCCAGAAAUAAUACUAUUGAGGCUGAACUUGGCUCCAAAAUAUUUACGAUGUGCAAUGUGUCAAGUUACAGAAACUCUUUAAAUGGCAUUACCUGGAAAGUCAAUAAUACGCCAGUAAACUUCCUGUUUAAAGGUAGAAUUGAAGAAGGGUUCGAAAAAGACUUCCCCGUUGAAGGAGCAUGGGGUUAUGUAGUCCCUCUGACCAUCACUGAGGUGAAAAAUGAAGAUUAUGACCAGCGGUUUGUUUGCCAGGCGGGCGAAGUUGCUGCAUACUUCUUAAUACAACGCCCACCCCAAAAUAUCCUGGGACUGAUUGCACUUGUAUUGCUCAUCUUUAUUCCUGUGCUAAUCUGCGCAUUGUUCAAGAUCGAGCUUGUACUGUGGUAUCGGAAGUCAUGCCACCCUUUCCUUCAUAAAAAAGUUUCAGAUGGCAAGAUCUAUGACGCCUACGUGCUGUAUCCAAAAGCAGAUACCCAAGAUUGUUUUGCUCUGAAAGUGCUUCCUGAGGUUUUGGAGAAAAAGUGUGGGUAUAAUCUAUUUAUCCUUGGCCGGGAUGACUUACCAGGAAAAGCUGUAGUCAACGUUAUUGAUGAAACCAUUAAGCAAAGCAGAAGGCUGAUCAUCAUUUUAGUACCAGGAUUUCAAACUUACAAUAUAUCACAAGGGGUUCCUGAGGAGCAAAUAGCUCUGUACAAUGCCCUUAUGAGUGAAAGUGCUGGAAUGAAAGUCAUUCUGAUCGAAAUGGGUCAAAUAGAGGAUUACAGCAGCCUGCCAGAAUCUAUUAGAUACAUCAAGCAAAAGCAGGGAGCCAUUAGAUGGAAUGGGGACCUUACAAAGAAGCAUUCUUAUUCUGCAAAUACCAAGUUCUGGAAAAAGGUCAGAUACCGAAUGCCACCAGGACACCAGAUUUCUCCAGAACUGCCUUUGGUGCCAACCUCUCUCAAUACAACAGAAACCCUCGUAUCCUUUUAACAACUUCUGGCGCAGCUGUUUCAAAAGGCUAGAUGGAUGGAUGAUGCUGUUACAGCCACCAUUUGGACAUGGUAAACGGACUCUUUUGACAACAUCGCCUCCACUAGCAUUUCUUAAUGUACCAAAUUCACAUGGUGUUUCAAACGAAAAAAGAACUAACUUGAAACGACUUAUUUCUACAAAUGUACGAUGAGCAAGGUUUUCCGUUUGUUUCUCUUGUUGUGGGAGGAAAGCUACACACAGUGGCUACACUCCAGCUGAAUGCAUGUGGAUCAACUACACCCGUGUGUCCUGUUUUAAAGAAAGUUGAAAUGCUGACAACCAGCUGUUUAGUGAAUCUAGACCACCACCUUCCUCCUCCUGCCAAUCAGCAGAUCAUUCGGAUUUUAGCUUUGUGCAAAAGGUUGGCUCACUGAAGGGAAUCACAUCUGGAGCAUAGGUCUUUGUGUUUGAUACACCACCCGGCUAGAGACAGAUCCAUGGAAGCAGGGCUGCCAUACUCCAAAAAGUGAAAAUCUGGACACUGUUCAGCAAUUUCCACAUGGACACUGUUUCCUACGACCAAAUUCCGGCCAUGUCCGGGAAAUUCUGGAUUUAUGGCAACCCUAAUGGAAGUCUCUUUCUGUGAACACGUAGCCCCUAGCUACAUUUGGCCAAUUGUUUCCUUGUUCUGCUGAAAUUCAACCUUGCAGUUUUUUUCAUUGUUUACUCUUGGUAUUAUGGUAACACUUGACGACUGACUUAGACAUGGCUGAAAUCAUUUGCAGCCUCUUACAUGCACCAUUUCAUUUGAACUCACCCUUGGAAAUAUUCAGGGAGUGGUUGGGUUACUUUGUGAAUUGUCACUGUGUUUAUAUUUGACUUUCGUUUAAGUUUUGAUGUAGAUGUCAGACUGUUGUGGUUUUUUUGUAUUUUAUUUCCCUUGCCCCUCAACUGCUUAUUCUUCCUCUGCAAAUACAUACACACACCUGCCCCCAAAUUUGAUUUAAUUUGCAAACACCAUGGAAAUAGCCAUCCUUCAAAACCCACACUUCUCUGAAUUUUCCAAUGUAGUUUUUCCGGACAAUUAAUUUGUGCAAAAAUGCAUAUACUCGGGUUAAGUGUCUGUAAAAAUGUGCAUAUACAUGAAAAUAACAUACAGAAAUGCAUCAUUUUAGAGGAUGUUGCUUUGCAAAAAUGUGUCUUAGGUAAAUCACGUAUGAGCCUGUGUAUAACAGGAGUAAUUUGGCAUUAAAAUGCUGAUGGAUUUUAAUGAGAACUCAAAAGAAAAAUUCACAAAUGUGGACCUAAGAUUGGAAAACUGAGAAAAUUGAAAUGAACAGGUUUGCCUAUCCUUAUUUCCAAUGUAUAUCAAUGCUUCAUACAUCAAGCAAACAGGACUCUAGUCCAUGGAUGCUUUUGUCUUAAUAAAUUAAUCAUCAGUGAAUCCAACAUUAGUCAGAGUGGACCCAUCAAAAGUAAUAAACAUGACGGAGGUCCAUUAAUGUAACUGGGUUUACUCUGUGUAGUUGGAUACAACUCUCUGGCUUAAAGUUCCAUAAGACCGUUCCUUUGCAAUGUUUGCCUUCUGCAAUUGUUGUUAUGAAUAGUAAUGAUUCUCAGGAAAUACAUUUUUUUCCCAGAUAAACAUGUAAUGCUUCAGAGGUA